AUGAGCACUAUGCCAAUCAAGAAGAAACAGAAGCAACCAACGAAAACAAAGCAUCUCAGGAGAUCAAACAGGCUACGAAAUGUGGAGGAGGAUGAAGCUAAGGGACUCAGGUUGAGCAAAAAGAAAAUUAUGAAUGAGUUGACCACAUAUCGCUCUGCACUAGUUGCAUGGUUGAAGAAAGACACGGGAGUGAUCGAAAAGAGUAUUGAGGAUUUACUUGCGGAUACACUAGAUCACAACUCUCAUCCCCUAUAUCCAACUGAGAGGAAACUGAAUGUACCAAACGAAGACAUCCACAAUAACAUUUCAUUUACAUCCCAACCCACCAAACCCCCACUACACAACCCUGCCGCAACUAACAUUGACGGACAUAUUCUUGAGCCGGAUUUCCUCAAAGAAUUGGAACAGUUUAUGGAGAGCCAAGAAGUCGACCAAGUAGACGCUGAAAACAAAAGAAAGGAGGAAGUCGAAAAGUUGAUAGCUCGAUAUAACAAUGAAAUGUUAAGGGUUCUACAGCGGCACUCAUUGGAGAGGCUUGAUGAAAAGAAAGCUCGUUCAAAAAAUAUUCAACAGUUCAUUCGGCGCCAUAUGGAGGGCGCAACUAGCCGUCCAAAUUCUAUAUCGAAUGGCAAAGAUGCGAAUAGGUUUUAUGAUUCGAGGUCAGAAAAUCAUGUCCCAAAACCCAACCCUCAACACAUAGCUAGCGUAGUCAGUUCUAUGGUAGAGGACGAUUAUGCAAGAGCAGCUACUUAUUCAUAUUCCAAAGAGGGUGUUUUAUCCACUACUAAAUCUCCAACAAACCAAGAGGAAUUAGUUUCAGGGAAAUCUAAUACAAGUCUAGACUUGGUGGACUUAUUAAGGCAGUCUAGUUGCUACAAUAUGAGCGCUGAGCAAACUACAGGAAUUGCUGCUACCUCAAUUGGUGAUCCAUCUAAAGCUCGCGAUGGGAUGAACACAAGAGGCUUGUUCAAUGGUAGAGGUGCGCAGGCAAAUAAUGAAGCAGGAACUUCUCAAGAGACAAAUAAACAAUCAUCCUUACAAGCGAAUAUCCAAAAUUCCAUCGAAAUUGGUUCCAACUUCAAGGAAAAAAAUGGAACUACUGAUAGAACGUACUCUUUGGAACCUGCGUGGGAUUCCUUUUUUGUGGCUCCAAAACAAAGGACCAGUAAUUUAAAUGGGGUAUUUCGUACCAAUCAUCCACAUCAUGGCUCAAUGCUGACCAUUCAUUCCACAUUUUCAAAAUACGCUACUCAUAAAAAUCAACUAAACGCGUUUCAAUCAUUAGCUCAAAGAGAAAAUUUAGUCGAUCUAUUCAAAUCUGAAAGCAAGGAGUGGAAUAGUGAAAUGGGAGGCUCUUUGAAUAAAACUCCAGCAAACAUUGUCGAUGGUGAUGUUUGCAAGCUGGACGAUGAUUUCAAUAGCGUAUCACCUAACCAUGAGUCCAAGCCAAAAAUUAGAACGAAAUUGAAGAAGCUUUUUUCUUAUGAAUUUGACAUGAUGAGUGAAGAUAGCAGCGGCAAGAGUGAUGAUGAAAGUAACUAUGAAAUUUCUGGUGAGAGUGAUGAUGAAAUGGGUGACGAGAGUAACUAUGAGAAUGAGUUGGCCCCUAGUACCAGCGAACUGGACUAUUCGGUAGGCGAAGAAAGUGCUGAUAAUGACACUGGCAUUGAAGCUGAAAGCAAUAUUCAAAACAACGUGUAUUAA